AUGGACGCCGGAGAACCAUCGUACACCACCGGCGACACCCUACAUACGGAAAGAGCCUUCACCUCCAACUUAGGAGUCUUCUUCGCUGUCUUCUUCCUCAUAAUCGUUCUCUCUUAUGGUUCUUACAUCUAUAGGCGCAGCAUACGCUCUCAAUCACUACCCAUCAUCUCUCUCGAUGACAGCGUCCAUUCCGACGACGACGACAGUACAGGUCUUGAUGAUGAUGUCUUGGGGACUUUCCCGACAAUUCUAUACUCUGAAGUCGCGAUGCUUCUCAACGGCGAGACUAAGUCGGCGACCCAUGCUGAUAAUUGUGGUUCUGCUGGCUGCUCUAUUUGCUUGGCGGAUUAUAAACCUGCGGAUGUCAUCCGGUUGUUGCCGGAAUGCAGUCACUUGUUUCAUGUAAGUUGUGUAGAUACGUGGUUAAGGGUUCAUCCUACUUGUCCGGUGUGCCGGAACUCGCCAUUCCCGACCCAGCGGAUUUGA